CCUAGACCGCAUCCUAAAGCUAGCUUUUCUCAUUGCUUUUCUUGUGUGCAUCGUAGUUAUGCCGUACUGACGAGGGUUCUACCGAAGGUGAGACCGCUUUUCUUUCGGGAAUCACUGAGGAAAUCUAACUUGUAUUGCCCGGAUGACUGAUUAAACUGACCUAGAACCUCAAUUCCAGGUUGCUGCGGCUAGGGUUCUGAGUAAAUCGGCUAUCUCUGAAGAUGGGACUUUGCUUUGCUAAGUCUAGUAAUGAUGAAGGUGACUCUGAUCAUAAUGCUGAGUUUGCUGGUGGAAAUGUGCAUCUCAUCACAACCAAGGAGAGUUGGGAUGAAAAGCUGUCAGAAGCAAGGAGGGAGGGCAAGAUUGUUGUUGCUAACUUCAGUGCAUCAUGGUGUGGUCCUUGUAGAGUGAUUGCGCCACUCUACUGCGAGCUGUCUGAGAGCUACCCUUCCCUAAUGUUCCUGACUGUUGAUGUGGAUGAACUAACUGACUUCAGUACGUCGUGGGAUAUAAAAGCCACUCCAACCUUCUUCUUUCUUAGAGAUGGGCAGCAAAUCGACAAACUAGUUGGAGCCAACAAACCAGAGCUACAAAAGAAGAUAACUGCAGCUGCAGAUUCACUUGCCUCAUUCCAGAAAUAGAUGGUUUUUUGUGAUUCCAAUUUUAUUUAUGAGUGGCCGUGGCCAGGGGAUGGACUUCUUUUGGGAUUAGUCCUCAAUCCACAUCCUCUUCUUCCUUGGGUUGUAAAUUUCUAUACAGUUUUCCUGUGCUUUCCAGGGAUUGAUGGCUGGAGCUAAAACUAGGGUCUGUCUGUUGUGAAUCGGCUUUGUAAAGAACUGUGAUCCUGAAAUGUCAAAUAUCUGUACUUGUGUUGUAUGCAGUUAAUUCCCUGGAAUAAACCUAACUUCAUUUAUUUUUA